AAGAAGUCGGAGAUCUUCUCGACGUAUUCUGACAACCAGCCUGGUGUGCUCAUCCAGGUCUACGACGGAGAGCGCGCAUGGACGAAGGACAACAAUCUGCUCGGCGAGUUUGAGCUCUCCGGUAUCCCUCCGGCGCCCCGUGGUGUUCCUCAAACCGAGGUCACGUUCGACAUCGACGCGAACUGUAUCCUCAACGUCUCUGCCGAG